AUGGCUACUCUCCUGAAAUGGGCCAGACACACGUUUCGAAGAUCUCCGUCACUUCCUAUAUGGCUUCCCACCAGCGGCUUCGACACCGUUAGUCCAUCCAAGAUACUUGACGAGGAACGUUUCGACGAGUUCAAGAAAGGACAAUUUUAUCCCGUCAAUAUCGGCGAUGUCUUCGGUGCCAAAUACCAAAUCAUUGGUAAGCUGGAUUCGGGGUUACCUCCACAGUAUGGCUCGCCCGUGAUCUUGAAGGCCAUUGAUAUGUGA